CUGUCACUAGGAAGAACAGAGGGUAGUGACACUGGGAGAAAAGGAGAGCGGAGAGACGGAGAGAGAGAGGCUCUACACAUCAUCCGAGGCUGAUACAGACAGUUUCAUCCUCAGACUUUUGCUCAACGCGACACACGGACUGGACUAAGGGCUCCUACUCCAUCCAGAAGACUAUGGCCUCAACUGCUUCUUUUAAAGGCACAGGCCUCCUGCUCUUCUUACUACUGGGACUGCAGCCAUCGUCAUUUAUUUCCGGGCAAAACACAUCCUCAAGUUCCAAUUCAACGACCAAUGCUGUAUCAACUGUGAUGUCACCAGGCAUGAGUACUGACUCUGCAGCAACUAUCAUGACAGCUACCACAGCUCAAACUACAAUGUCGUCUGCCAUUUCCUCUACGAAUGCUACAAUGUCGUCUGCCAUUUCUUCUACGAAUAUUACAAUGUCGUCUGCAGGGUUGGGUAGUGGAACCACAAGCACGGACAAUACCACUUCAUGGGGCACCAGUGGCAUGACCAUGAUAUCCUGUCGCCAGUUCUCCUGUAACUCCUCAGACUGCUACGAUGUGUACAUGAACAUGACUUCUGUUUCAUGCGACGCUAACAUCACCUUCUGUGAGCUGAAGAGACAGGAAGACAUGACUUACACCGGUGGCUGCAGUUCCUCCUGCAGUAAUGCCUGUGUCAACGACACUCAGACCAACUGUUCGAUGGGAUGCUGCAACUCCACUGGCUGUCUUAGCUCUACCCUGGCCUCCAUUGUUCUCACAAACACUACAACAGUGACUACAGUGAUGAUGACCACCACCACAACAACAGCAGCAGCCACCACUACAACUGCUGAACCAACCGAUAAACUUAAGAAGUGUCAGAUGUUUAUGUGCACAGAGCAGAACUGUUACAAGACUUGGAUAACCAAAGACCCAAUGCCUUGUCCCCUCAACCAGCCCUACUGUGAGCUGAAAAAGAUGACAACUGGUUCAACAACGAUCUGGAUGGGAGGCUGCAAUGCCAACUGCACAAGAAACACCUGGUGUACAACCACAACAGAUACAUGCCACCAAGAGUGCUGCAACACCUCCAUGACCUCCUGCCUCAAGCUGGAUGGUACUCUGAACGUUCCUUCUUUUGCCGCGAGGGGUCCACACUUCCCUUUAGCAUUGGUUACUGCUGCUCUGCUGGUUUGUCUGCUCAGCAUUGGUUCUCUGGUUUAAACUGGGUCGUGUUUAGUAGGUACCAAGCGGGAAAGAAAUGUAUUGAACGAGGGAGGAAAUACCUUGACUUGUCAGUUGCAAAAUGGUUUAAAAACAUUGCCUGUUGUGUGACUUAAUGAACACAACCCUGAUGUGUUGACCUACUGAGCCAUUGCUUGAAUAAUAUACAGCGGUAGUAGUUAGCACAGCAAAACCUGGUUUCAAUUCCACAUGAAUACUAUACUGGUUGUAGGUCUAGCCUACUCUGUUUAUGUUUGUUUGUUUGUUUGCUUGUAUAUGAGAUGUAUUGAGAUACUGUAUAUGAGGGCUUGUCACGUCCUGACCAUAGAACACCUUUAUUUUCUAUGGUAGAGUAGGUCAGGGCGUAACUAGGGGGGUUAGUCUAGUUUAUAUUUUCUAUGUGGGGUUCCAGGUUGUUUUUUCUAUGUUGGGGUUUUUGGUAUGAUUCCCAAUUAGAGGCAGCUGGCUAUCGUUGUCUCUUAUUGGGGAUCAUACUUAAGAAGCAUUUUUUCCACCUGUGGGUUAUGGGAUAUUGUUUCUGUGUAGUUGCUUGUUUAGCACUGCAUUGUCAUCCCGGUUCGUUUGUUCUUUAUUUUGUUUUUGUAUUUGCUUAAGUUUCACUUUCAUUAAAAUUAUGUGGAACUCAACGUACGCUGCGCCUUGGUCCGAUCAUUACUACGAACAUCGUGAUGGAAUAUCCCAUCACCAAAGGACCAAGCAGCGUGACCAGGAGGAUCAACGACGACUCCGGGGUUCGCAAUCAUGACGCAAGCAUGAGAGGCAGCCCCCCAAAAUAUUUGGGAGGGGUAGACGAGGUGGUUGGCGGAGCCAGGUUUCAGACCAGAGCCAACUCCCCGCACUCGUUUAAAGGAUCGUGUGACCGUUCAGGCACCAAGUUAUGUGAUGAUACGCACUGUGUCUCCAGUGCGCAUUCACAGCCUGGUGUGCUCGGUGCCAGAUCCCCGCACUUGCCGUGCGAAAAUGAGCAUCCAGCCAGGAUGGGUUGUGCCAGCUCUACGCUCUAGACCUCCAGUGCGCCUCCACAGUCUAGUACGUCCUGUGCCUCCUCCUCGCACUCGCCCUGAGGUGCGAGUCAUCAGCCCGGUGCCACCUGUACCGGUCCCACGCAUCAGGCCUCCAGGGCGCCUCCACAGUCCUGAGCUUCCAGCGACAGUUCCCAGUCCAGAGCUUCCGGCGACAGUUCCCAGUCCAGAGCUUCCGGCGACAGUUCCCAGUCCAGAGCUUCCGGCGACAGUUCCCAGUCCAGAGUUUCCGGCGACAGUUCCCAGUCCAGAGCUUCCGGCGACAGUUCCCAGUCCAGAGCUUCCGGCGACAGUUCCCAGUCCAGAGCUUCCGGCGACAGUUCCCAGUCCAGAGCUUCCGGCGACAGUUCCCAGUCCAGAGCUUCCGGCGACAGUUCCCAGUCCAGAGCUUCCGGCGACAGUUCCCAGUCCAGAGCUUCCGGCGACAGUUCCCAGUCCAGAGCUUCCGGCGACAGUUCCCAGUCCAGAGCUUCCGGCGACAGUUCCCAGUCCAGAGCUUCCGGCGACAGUUCCCAGUCCAGAGCUUCCGGCGACGUUUCAGAGCUUCCGGCGACAUUUCACAGUCCGGAACCUCCAACGACGGUCCAUAGUCCGGAACCUCCAACGACGGUCCACGGUCCGGAACCUCCUGAGAUGGUCCACGGUCCGGAACCUCCUGAGAUGGUAAAUCGGCCCGCACCAGAGCCACCACCAAAUAUGGUGGAUACGAGAGCCAAGCGGGUUCUCCGUCCCGCACCAGAGCUGCCCCCGAUGCUGGCGGAUCUGCGGGAUGAGCGGGUAACUCGCCCCGCACCAGAGCCUCCACCGACACUAGACAUCCCCCCAACCCUCCCUUUUUUCCCAGGUUUUGUGGUCGGACUCCGCACCUUUGGAGGGGGUACUGUCAUGUCCUUACCAUAGAAAGCCUUUAUUUUCUAUGGUAGAGUAGGUCAGGGCGUGACUUGGGGGGUUAGUCUAGUUUAUAUUUUCUAUGUGGGGUUCCAGGUUGUUUUUUCUAUGUUGGGGUUUUUGGUAUGAUUCCCAAUUAGAGGCAGCUGGCUAUCGUUGUCUCUAAUUGGGGAUAAUACUUAAGAAGCAUUUUUUUCCACCUGUGGGUUAUGGGAUAUUGUUUCUGUGUAGUUGUCACGUUCCUGACCUUAUUUCCUUGGUUUAGUCUUUGUUUAGUUGGUCAGGACAUGAGCUGGGUGGGUGUAGUCUAUGUUUUGUGUUUCUAUGUUGGGUUUGUUGUUUGGCCUAAUAUGGUUCUCAAUCAGAGGCAGGUGUUUUGCAUUGUCUCUGAUUGGGAACCAUAUUAAGGUAGCCUGUUUGCACUGUUGGUUUGUGGGUGAUUGUUUCCUGUCUUUGUGUUCUGCACCAGAUAGGACUGUUUUCGGUUUUCACAUUUAUUGUUUUGUUGCUUGUAGUGUUCACGUUAUAUUCUUUAUUAAAUCAUGUUGAACACUAGCCGCGCUGCGUUUUGGUCCUCUCCUUCAUCCCAGGAAGAAAGCCGUUACAGUAGUUGCCUGUUUAGCACUGCAUUGUCAUCACGGUUCGUUUGUUCUUUAUUUUGUUUUUGUAUUUGCUUAAGUUUCACUUUCAUUAAAAUGAUGUGGAACUCAAUGUACCCUGCGCCUUGGUCGAUCAUUACUAUGAACAUCGUGACGGAGCUCAUAUGUGCUUUUGAGAAAUUUAGACAAUUUAAGUGAUAAUGAUUCCCCUAUGUGAGUCCAAACCAAAUGGGUUUAAAGGGUAUUAUUGAAGAAUAUGACGAUUAAUAUGGCUACAGAAAGCUAUUCGACCAUACCAUCAUACCCAUUUAUAAAUCAGUAAUGCGUAAAACAUAAUACACGGAAGAUGAUAGCUAUUUACGAUCAUAGAUGACUGACCUAAUUUAUAGUAUGGUAAUAAAUGAUCUGCUUGUUGAUACUUAUUGAGAUUUGUGUAAGUUGAAGUUUACAAUUAUGACAUUUUCACAAAUGUUCUCUUUUUUUAGGCACACCGUUAUUUUCUUUCGCCAGUGGUUUGCAUGAUGACUUGAAUGUUUUCUUUGAUUUUGCACUUGCAAAGACCUUCUAGCCUGGUCUCAGAUCUGGUUGUGCUCUUUGCUCACUCAAUUGCUCAUUGACAAACCAAACAUGCCCAGGACAAGGAGUUGGCAUGAUAGCACAAACAGACUGGCACUCAGGCUAAAGACUUUCUCCAAUACAAAAGCAAAUAUCUGUUCUUUACAGAUAUUGCAUAAUAACUCAGUUAUUACCUAGUCGUAGCAUAUUGUGAAGGACAGAUUGACAAUUUAUGCACUUAUAAAAAAAAUACAAAAUAUUGGGCUAUAGAAGGUGUUUGAAAUAUUUGUGCUGACGUAUUGAGGUGUAAUUCAUAUCUGUGAAUGUAGUCAUACGCUGUACAACUGUAAUAUGUGUUUUACGCCUUUUAUUAUUUAGCUGUAUUCUUAUUUAUAAUUCACCAUCAUAACAAUAUGGAAAUUGAUUUAUAAAAAUUGGUUUUGAAAUUGGGUUAUAAAAAAUAU